AGAGGAGACUGUGAAUGGUGGCUGAGGCCAGAAGGCCCAGGGCCUGGGGGCUGAAGAGGCCUGAGGCCCUGGGAGGCCUGGAGCCAGGUCUGCCCCACACCCAUCCCCUCUCCUUCCCUCCAAGCAUGCUGGCUCUCCUGUCUGCCAUCCCCCAGGAGUCUAUUGGCCUGCCCCAGAGAACACCUUGGAAGACUGCUGGGCAAGUGUACCUCUUCCUGUCAGCUGCCAUGAUGCUAGGGAAGAUGGGACUGGACAUCAUCUGGAUGUGGCCCUUCCAGCUUCUGCCCUUUUCUUCUGAAAAGCUAUUUCCACAUCCUUGGAUGAUUCUCCAGGACGUGGUCAGGUUCCUGUUGGUCUAUGUGGUUUUCCUCCUGGGUUUUGCAUCUGCCCUCUCGGCUCUGACCAGCCAGUGUCUGGCACCUGGCCGCUGUCCCUACCACAGCAUGGGGAGUGCGUCGGGAUCUCUCUUCAAGCUGACCCUUGGGCUCGGGGACCUGUCGGGUCCUGAGCACUCCAAGUUUCCAGUCUUCUUUCUCCUCCUCCUCAUCACCUAUGUGAUUCUCACCUCUGUGCUCCUCCUCAACAUGCUGAUUGCCAUCAUGACCCAGACCGUCAAUAUGGCGUUCUCCCGGAAUGAGAAAAUCUGGCGUGUGCAGAGAGCUGUCACUAUCUUGGACCUGGAGAGGUGUCUGCCAGAGGCCUGGCGGUGGUGGCUUCAGGAAGGCAAGAUUCACUCUAACCUGGAGGUGGGGCUGACCCCGAGCCAAGAAAGAGACCUGAGGACGUGCUUGCGGGUGAAUGAAAGGAGACAGGCAAGGGCUGCUGGGAGGAACCAAGUCAUGGGCAUCAGUGAAGACCCCACUGUCCCCCCAGAUCCCUAAGGUAUGGAAAUACAAGCGUGGUUCAGUGGUUACAGCACUGGUCCAGGAGUCAGGAAGACUUGAGUUCAGAUCUGGCCUC